GCAACGCAUCUUGGAAGAAAUACUACUGAUAGCGCAUUUUUAUUGUAUAUACAUAUAUCUCAAUGGGGAAGGUUUCUUUCUUCAGUGAAUCCGUUCUAUCGAAGAUUUCUCCUCAACUAUCAUCGCCUAUCCGUCUCUUCCAUACACAUUUGCGCUUCAGUGCUCCAAAACGAUGCUGUCGUAGUCUAUUUGAGUUUACUCGGGGAGACUCGUACGCGUUCGGAGUGGGGUCGGCCGUUGCCACAACACGACGCUUCAAUCCGAACGGUGUGCAUAUCACUCCGAUUACACAGCAUCCGGAGUACGUUUCGAAGCUUACUGAGCUUAACGAAAGCUUUGAAGAAGCAAGAGAGCUCAUCAAGGAUUCGUUCGACAGCGCUGGUACUGUUUAUUUUGCAGAAGAUCUAAACGAUGCCAAGGAGCAGACUAAUAAAACACUUGAAAAAUGGAAAGAACUUGUACAGUGGCUCGAGGAUCGUGGUGAAGUAUUGACGUUGGAACAGUUUCGAAGGGAAACGACGCUAAAAAUGAAUCAAUUAGAAGAGGAAUUGGAUGCUGCUACGUGCAAAGGUCAAAGUUAAAGAGGUCUCAAUUUGUGAAACAACACUAUUACUAGUAAUGACUUAUGAAAUUGUGACUGCACACUUUCUACACAUGAAUAAAAU